AUGGCCCAGCCUUUCUCCUUUCCCCCACCUCCCCCGCCUCCAUCUCGGAAAGACUCGCAGCCUCUUUCCACGCUCGCAGGUUCAAACUACGCAUCAUACCAUGGAAGCACUGGCAGGGGCCGACGAGACAAUUCUGGUAGAGGGAGAGGUCGUGGUGAUGCAUCAACGGGCCGUGGAUAUGUGGGAAGAGGUCCCGGAUUUCGCGGAGCAUACGGAGGAAGUCAUGGCAUGGGAAGCUUUGAUCACAAUAUCAAUGGCUAUAAAAAGAACUUUUCGCAUCCGCAGAAUCCAAGCCAGGAUGCUCAGUUUCUGCCACAAAGCUUUCAAACCUCCAACUAUGGGCAAAAGCGACCUUACUCUGCGGCCUUCAACAAACCGGCUACUUCCUUGCUCCGACCCCAGGCAGCACCCGCUGUACCGAGCUUUGGCGGUGAUAUACUUGCUCAACCAGCUUCCAAACCGACACCCUCAUCAACGCCGAAGAAGAAGCCUCGAAAGCAUAAUCAAUUAGGACUCACGCCAGCCUCCCAAGACCACGAAUCUAGCUCCGAUGAGGACGAAGAGACUAAGCUGUCCAGUAACAUGGCUUCAGGAGCACAAUCCAACUCAGCAGUUCUACAAUUUGAAUACAAAGGUCGCACGGCAACGCUGCAGACUCCCGCAGAUAUAGCAGCAUGGAUAGCAGAGAGGAAGAAGAAUUUUCCCACCGCAGCGAAAGCUGAGGCAGCAAAGAAGGAAGCCGAGCAGAAGAAAAGAAAAUGGGAAGAGAGCAAGAAGGAGAGGGCUGAGGCUCAGAGGUUGCAAAAGUUGGAGAAGGAUAAGAUCAGGCAAGAGGAACUGAGAAAGAAAGCUCUGGAGACUAUGGGAUCCAAGAAGGCCAAAAAUGAGGAGGACAGUCAUGACUUGACAACGACGAACCACGUGGAGAGCGAGGUGAGGAAAGCUGCACUGAAGACGGAGAAGCUGAAGCGUAAACUUCAAAAGGUUCAAAGGGAUGCGCGAAAAGCGGAGGAAGCACUGGCGCGGCUGCAGCAGGGCAGAGUCACCAUCGAAGAACUUGGGCCACCAGAUGCCGGGCGCUCUGAAAAGUUGAUGUCGAAUUUACCAGAUGACGGGACCGUUGCAAUACUACCAUCUGAUACACCUGGGCGGAACGCGGACCCUUCGAAUAAGAUAUCGGAGCUCAAAGUAGCACUGUUGAAGGACGAAGACGAUAUCUUAGCUGCUUCCUCCGAUUCCUCACUUUCGGAUGUUGACGCAGACAGCUCCGAGGCUGAUGAUGCCACAAGCUCAUCCGGUUCAGACUCUGACUCGGAUCCAAACCAUCCUCCUGCUUCAGCAAUAGAUUCGAUUUCAGAACCUGAAUCAAAUUCGGACUCGGCGCCCGAAGAAUUGACCUCAAAGCGAACUGCACUCGAUCGCAUACCACCACCAACCCGGAUCAAUUCCUCCUCCCGGUCAUCCAACGCUGCUCCGGACGAGAAGAAGCGGCCCCGCAACGCAUGCAGGAACAUGAUGCGCUCCGGAAGGUGUCAGUUUGGAAGUCGAUGUCGAUAUUCACAUGAUUUGGACGGAAGACGACCACACGGAGAUGAACAGAAGAUAGGUAGAAAGGUUAUAGAAAGAACAGAUCGGGAAAAGGGCUCCGGAAAAACGGGUCGGAAGGGUCUAUAUCAGGUUCUGGUAGAGAAGGAGCUGGAGGAGGAGAGAAGAGCGGUAUUGGAGGUUAUCAUGGACAUGGGGGAGAAGGGGAUGCUUGAGGAACCGCGGCCAGAAGAAGCUGAGGAGACCCAAGUAUAA